AUUCUUAACAUGCUUAAGCUGAAUCUCCUUGAAUGAAAUGUCCACCCGUUGGGGUCAAGUACAGCACUAGAGCGCGUGACGGUAGAGCUCGUUUUUUCCCGAUUUCUCCGAUGAAUUUGUUAAUGAAUUUUCUCCUGCUGACUGGAUUUCGCAGUUUAUAGAGCUCGCCUACGAUGCUACUAUAAUGGCGCCUUUGUGAGAGGUAACUUUAGUGACCUUCUAAAUAUGGCUGGAUGAUGACUUUGAGCUGAACGUCUGUCGUAAGAAUGAGACCAAUUUGUCGUCGUUUUGUGAUGAUGCCUUGAAGGUAUGAAGAGAAGAAGGAUUAAAAAACGAAAAGCUCGUCCCAAUAGCUCCCCGUCAGGACGCAUCCAAGUAUWCGUCCGAGUUCGUCCUUUUUGUAAACAGGAUGUAAAAUGUCAGCUUGGACGCGAGGCUGUUCAGGUCGGGAAUGCAGAACAAACUCAAAUUAAUGUCUUUGACGGCAAAGCAGAGAAAUCUUUCGAAUUUGACCAAGUCAUACCGCCAGAGACUGGGAAUGAUCAGGUUUACAAGAUCAUCGGAAAACCACUUGUUGAAGCAUGUCUUACAGGCAUGAACGGGAUUUUAAUGGCCUACGGACAAACGGGGGCAGGGAAAACGUACACCUUAAUGGCAUCGGAUGGCGUAACACCAAGUAUUGUAAAUACAAUCUUCUCAAUCAUCGAAAGAGAUCAGACUCACUCAUACACUGUUACAUGCUCGUACCUUCAGAUUUAUCAAGAAAGAAUCUACGAUCUCUUAUGCGCSGGAAAGAUGCGGGAAGUGUUUCUACGAGAACACCCCAAAAAAGGUGUAUUCGUAGACCAUCUUUCAGAGUUACUUGUGAGGACUCCAACUGAGGUUACAGCAUUGUUUGGCACUGGUAGAAAACGACUGGCUGUCGCGGAAACAAGAAUGAAUCGGCACUCGAGCAGGUCUCAUGCUAUUUGUCAACURAAAAUAGAUCGCAUUGAUAUGCCAACUCGUUAUGGAGUAUAUGAUGCGCAUGCGUGUAAUAUGACGUCAGACCUGUUUGGUGACGUAACGUUCUCAGGUUUGUCUGCACCAAUCCCUGGUUACUGUAGUGAUGAUAGUACGUCAUCAGAUGUCCAAUCUUACUUUGAUUACGAGGAAUAUGACGAUGUGUAUUCUAAGGUGAAUAGAUUAACUAAAGGAGCAUCGACAGUCCGUGGUCGUAUUUACAUCUGUGACCUUGCCGGAAGCGAGCGUAUCAAGAAAACCAAAGCACAGGGUGAACGCUUACAAGAGGCACAAGCAAUCAACUCAUCGUUACUWGAGCUAGGGAAUGUAAUACACGCUUUAGCCGAGGGGAAAAGCAAUCACGUUCCAUUUAGGAACUCUGUGUUGACACGUUUUUUACAAGAUAGCCUUUCUGGGAACUCCAAGACAUAUUUAGUGGUAUGCGUGUCUCCUUCGCUAUCAGAUGUCAAUGAAACAGUAUGUAGUCUCAAGUUUGGCCUUCGGGCCAUGAAGGUCGAGAGUACGGCACAAGUGAAUAUCGAGGUAGAUUACGAGAAAAUGGCGAGGCAGUUGGCUGAGACUUUAGAAAACAAAGAACAAGAGUGGCGUCGUCUCAGGUCUGAAUACGAGAGUUACAUCUUGUCUUUGAAGGCCAACCAAAGAUGCAGCGAAUCUGAGUUUGAACUCAACCAUAACGGCGUCGAACCACCAAAUCGCACUGGCCCUUGGCGAAAAACCAUCACAAGCCCAAUAGAAGAAUCUCUUAAGAACCAAACAAAGUCGCUUCUUCUCGUGGAGCUGAUUUCUAUGGAACUCUUUUACGGAAUGGAGGACCUGUUACGCGAUGGAGGUCACGGCAAAGAAGUACCCACAGAGAAACUGUAUGCUUUAACUGAUCGUGAUUUAUUACUGCAUAGUGCAGAGACUUUACUAGAGCUUACGGAGUAUUUCUUCAGCAAAAGCACUCCAACAUCUGCUGGGAAAUCUUUGAUGAAUGGUCAUGACAGAAUGGAAGAUAUUAUCCCAGCUAUUGGAGCUUCCUCAGUUCCUCCCAAUGGACUGUCCGACUCGUCAUAUACAGGCAAACUACUUCAUGUAAGGAGCACUUUGUGUCGCAUCAAGGAGAGCACGGAUAAAGCUGCAGUCAAAUUCUUAUCUCGACUUUUGGAGAAAGAUUCUACCGAAGCUAUUGGMGUCAGCAAUAAACGCAAACUCCACGAGUUUUUACGCGAGUACGUUCAACGUCGCAUAAUUCCAACACGUGAAGACCCAGGAAUUUGUAACAUGCUGAAUCUAGAGCAGUCACUYUGUCACGUCCUGAUAGACAAGGCUCUCAUAAACUGUAUCUUGCUGUUAGAUAAAGCUGAAAUGGAAAARAAGAUUAAGCAUUUGAAGGACGAACUUGCCCGAUGCGAAUACCCAGGAUUGGACACACUCUUGCGAAAGAAGUCAGCUGAAGAGAGCUCGACGCGAAGCGAUGGSAGACUGAUUUCAGUUGAUGAGGGAGUCGUGCUGGAAGGAUCCGAGCUAAGUACAAACAGYAGAGAAAAACUCUCCCAUCCACUUGAAAGCUCCAGCCUUGCCGAGAUGGAGGCUGAGAACCGCGCUUUGUGUGAGAAAAAUGCUGAGAUGAGGCGACGUCUUGAGGAUUCCGAGAAGCACAACGAUGCAUUAAACGAAAGGUUGUGUGAACUAGAGAAGAGGUAUAAGCAAUCUGGAUCGAAUAUGCUGCCAGAUGUUGCAAUCAAUAGCAAUUCAACUGAAAAUGACCUUGUGGAAAGACUGCGAGAGGCUGAAAUCGAGAACAUGGAAUUGGUCAAUAAAAUACAAAUAYUUGAAGAGAAAAAUGAACAUUUUGACAAUUUGAAAACAGAGGCAACAACAUUAAGGAACCAAGUACGGCAGCUCGAAGCAAAGCUCGRAAAUMGUGAGGAACCUCCMGCRGGAGGUCUUGACACGGCAAGGACAUCUUUGAACUCGAGGUUACAGGAACUUGAGAACGAUUUAARAACGAAAUCUGUUGAUCUUACAAAAAUUGAGAAAUUAACUGAGGAAAAUCAGAAACUUAAUCAGGAGCUGGAAGCAGUUAAACAAAAGUUAGCCAAGUUCGAAAGCGGAAAUCGGGAAGCAUCAGAUAAAGACUCGGCCAAACAUCGUUGUAUUCAGCUCGAAGAGCGUCUUCUUAACCUCGAGUCUCGUCAAAACGCAGAGCUGUUUAAAAAAGACGAAGAGUUGAGUAACGUAAGGUCCAAGCUUCAAAAUGCCGAGUCGAGGAACAAUUUGUUCAUCUCCAAAGCUGCUGCUUUCGAAACCAAGCUUAAGGACAUUGGUCAGCUAAUUUCCCGCCACAAAGACAACGAAAGACGACUUCAAUUAAAAGUUGACGAACUUGAAUACGAGAAUUCCAUUUUGAGAAAUAAAAACAACGUUAGUUUGGAGUCGUCGGAAAACGUCGAGACGAGCGAAGAGUUAAAUGUUGAAAGUGAUCCUUUUGUGCUACGAGAGAGGAUCGUCCAGCUCGAGUCRCAAAUUCUAGUGAAAGACCAAGAAAUUUUGUGUUUGAAGAACGAAGCGGUGGACUUGAUGAGUGAGGUCGGUAAACUUGACCACGAAUGCAAUGAAGAUAUCCAUGAAAGAGUAAAUUACGAGAAAGAACUAGAAGAUUUAAGAGGGCGCAAAGAGGAAGCUGAGACCGAACUACAAAAUGUGCUCGUUGAGUGCUCCAAGCUGAGAACCGAUGUUUUAGCUCUGAUGGAUGAGAACAACAGUCUAAGAGAAAAAAUCCAAACAACUUCAAAUGUUUUAAAGACUUCUGUGACUGCCGUUCUAUCYGAACGAAAUACUUUAGAAAAGGACCUUCAAACGGUUCAAGGUAGAGAAAAGGACCUGGAGUCCAUGUUGCUUGAUUUUGAAUGCAAGAAUAACAAGCUUCAGAAAGAUGUUGAAAAACGUGAAGCAACUGUUGCUCAGCUUCAGCGUGRCUUAGAUGAACUCCUAACAGAAAAAUCGAAGUUAAACUUUUCUUUAAGCGAGAUGAAAGAUGCUCAGGUAAAUACUGCUGAAGAGAACGAAGUUCUACAGCAAGACAUGAAGACGUUGGAAAAGAAUCUUUGUACKCUACAAGAAAGCCUUACUUUCUGUCUCAACGAAAAGGUUUCACUUGUGGAAGACCUAUCAAUCAAAGCUGCAGAACUUGAAACGUUAAGGACUUAUUCUUCACUCUGCGCGGAAGAAACCAGAAGCAUGAAGUUACAAAUCGACUUGUAUAAAGAUACGGAAAUAGUUCUUAAUAAUCGCGUUCAAGACCUUGAAGUMAGUUUGGAAGAAUGGAAGARGGAGUCRCUUCGCAUGAAGGAAGAACUUGGCUCCAUCGAGGAUGAAAGGAAGGGCUUAGAUAAACGCAUCCACGAGGCAAGUCGUGCCAUUGAUCGUGUCAAGGAAGAGCUUAUUUCGUUAAUGCACAUCAUUCUUGGUCUGCAAAAGGAUCUGAUUUGCCUUGUCGACRGUGUUAUGACKUGCUUGGGUCUUGACUCAAAACCACUUGAUCUUUCUCAGCAAAGGUUGGGGUCAAGUAGUGACUCUGGCUACACGUCUACCGCAACRGAAGUCUCUAGCGAGAGGAGUAGCGGAGCUAGUGAAUCCAACUAUCCCCAAAGCCUUGCUUCGUGCGUCCUACUCCCGGAUGAAUACUGCUUCGUAAAUCCUUCYGAAAUAAGCGUCAUUCGUGAAAACAAAUUGGAAAUCUUCCGCCUUCACGAGGAACUCAAAAUCAAACUCGCUGCAAUUAAGGACUAUUUAGCACAAUUCAAAAGUGAAGAGAACUUAAGUCAGAGCGACGCUACAGGAGUCUUCACYUCACCACAACAUGAAACSGAAAUUUCCAGGGAWGUUUGYGGAGAAAAUAUAAAAGGAUUCCCUUACUUGAACAAAUCAGAACGUCAGAAGUUGACACAACUUCUGUCCGUUUUAAGACGARGUGAUUCCGAUGAAGGUAAAGUGUAUGAUAUCUAUUCUCGUCUUGAGGAGAAACUUUCUGGAUUGUCUUCACAACUUGCCACAAAAGAAUUAGAAAUUUGUAAACUGCUCAAGGAGAAAAUAAAACUCCAAAAUGAACUCACGAAAAGUAAGUACGGUAUUACUUUGUGUGAGAGCUGUUCUAGUGAUCCUGAYAAGGUCAACCAAUCAAAUGAAUUACUGAGAGCCAAUUUACUUACUUACAUGGAGGAUACUUCUCGCCUGGAAUCGGAGAUCAUGGACUUUGCUCAAUACAAGGCAAAGCUUGAAAAGGAACUUAGUGAAGUUAGGCUGCAAAUAUCAUCGAUAGAGGACGAGAUCAUUACGAGCUCGGAGCCUUCAAUAAGAAACAAYCCCAUCCAAGUGUCACCAAGAGAGAGCUGUGAUUCCUCCAACAUGUCUUCAACUGGUUCAGAAUCGGUCGACAGUGGAAACGAGAAAAAGACUAAACACGUGACCUUCGAUAAGAUGGUAGCCGAGCCCAAGCAAACAGAUCCUUCUUUUCGUAAGAAGAAGCAUCGAGAAAAACCUGCACCCAAAGUSACGCAGCCAUAUUCAUUACAGAACAACGGUGGCUCAUCCAACGAAAGUAUCCUUUCUGGACCCAUGCUAAUGGAUGAAAUUGAUUUGUGCGCCUUACUGGAAUCAAUCCCAAAAGAUGUUCCCAAAGUUGAAACAAAAGAAGACAAGGAAUUGGCAGAGGUUGCCAGCCGACUCUCCGCGUAUGAUAAUAUGUCAUUUGACGAUAAAAAAGACUAUGUUGUGGUACAACGACAAAACAGCGACGAGAGCGCKACGCGUUGCGAAAGUACGCCGAGCCCUCAACGAACUCCCGACCCCACCAGAAAUAAAAGAAACAGUUAUGAUGGUUCYAGUUGUAAGAUGUGUGGACUUCUUAGGAAGAAGAGGAGUCGAAGUAGUGAAGAUGUGUACACGUUGAAUACCAUAUGAAGAUGACACUUGCCAUAUCAAAGCUAAAGCUAAAAUCAUGUUGGUGAAAGUUUUUGUAAUAAGGUCAGGGAUCUCUUUGUGCKUUCACCUUUGUGGACACGCCCAUGUUACAAAAAUCACUAUAGAAGGCUUCUGAAUUGCCCUAUUACAUAAUGACGUCACAACAUCUUUAUUGUAUCAAUGAUUGCUUAUGUUUAUUUCCUUUGAUACCAGUUUACCACUAGUUUUCCAUCAUUUCCUUUGAUAUGCUUUCACCCCACUGGUGACCAUAAUCCUUGGCGUUAAAACAACAGAAUGUUUUGGUGUGACGUAGCUAUGUAAUAGGGCAGUUACAGACAUUACCGAAGUCCCUUUAAAGUGGACACCUUCAUAUUACAAACAUCUCGGUCAUACGUAAGUAUUAGCCAGAUACAUCCUCUCUGUGAACAUCUCUCCAUACCCUUUCAUAUUAUGCUUCAUAUUCAUCAAUUUCACAUUCAAAACGUUUCUUUAAAUCAUAUACACUUAAUUGAAAGCUUCAAAAUGGUUACAUCAUCAAAACUAAGAGAGGGAUUAAUUUGGGGUACUUGAGAAUUUAAGUUGAUUAAUUUGUAUAUAGAUUUCAUGUAGAAGAUGGAUUAAAAAAUCAUUUAGUGCCAGAGCCUCAGUGGCAACAGUAAAAACUCAUAAAAUGACACAAGCUAAAUAUAUUUCUGCUAUCCCCAUUGGUGUUUGAUGAUGUAAGUCCAUUUUGAAUUUGACAUAUAUACCAGUUUCAUAAAUGGUUGAACCAAGCUUCUGCUGACUGCUGACUGCUGACUGCCAAGUCUAAACGUAAGUCCAAAUCUAAGAGUGAAUAUAUUUGAUGUAUAGUCCAAUAAUUUUUCAAGUGCAACUUCUGUCAAAUCAAAUUCAAUACUAAAACCAGUAUCCUUGUAUUGUUUGAGUCAAAGAGUUAUUACAAAAAUAAUAUACAGAGGUUGUGAUCAUGUCAUGUCUUGACCCAAUCCAAUAAUUAUUUAUCAUGGUAUUUCAAUCUUGUCGUACGUCAUCAGCAGUCUGCAAUUGCCGACAUUUUUAAACUGGUAUGCUCUAUUAAUAUCUUGGUAAUCAAUUUAUAACAUCAAAAUAAAUUGGAGGACAUAUAUUUGAUAAAUAUAAUAAUAUAAAAUGAAAGUUCAACAUUAUACAACAUUAUACACUUGUAAGGAGGAGGGAAAUAUCCAUAUUAAUUUUUUGUACAUUGUUGGAGUUAUAUGGAAAUUGUCAAUAAAUGUAUAUUCUACUGUA